CCUGCCGCCCGCACCCCGCUACCCGCACCCUGCCCAGCGGUGUCCGAAGCCGGAGGGGCGGGCCGGGGCGGAGCGGGCUGCGCGGUGCGGCCAUGGCGGCGGUGCUGCUGCUGGCGGGGCUCCUGGCGGUCGCCGUCGUCGCGUGGGUUUGGUUUCCUCCCGGAGCCCCCCGCCGUCCCCCGUGCAUCGGGAGCCGCGUGCCCUGGCUGGGGGCCGCGUUCCGCUUCGGCAGAGCGCCGCUGGAGUUCAUCGAGCGAGCCCGGGCCGAGCACGGUCCCAUCUUCACCGUGUUCGCCCUGGGGAAGCGAUUUACGUUUGUGACUGAGGAGGAAGGAGCCGACGCAUUCUUUACCUCGAAGGACCUCAAUUUUGAGCAGGCGGUACAACAAGUUGUUGCGAAUGCAGUCUCUGUUCCUGCAGAAGCCUUCUAUCAGAGCCACGGCAAGCUGUACAGCAUGAUGAAGGGGAAAAUGGGUCUCUCCAACCUGCACGUGUUCACAGGCACGCUGUGUAAGGAGCUGCACGAGCACAUGGCACAGCUGGGCACCGCGGGCACGGGCGACCUCAUGGAGCUGGUGAGGCACCUGAUGUAUCCAGCAGUGGUGAACACCUUGUUUGGGAAAGGCAUCUGCCCGACCAGCCAGAGCGAACUCAAGGAGUUUGAAGAACAUUUUUGGAAGUACGAUGAGGACUUUGAAUACGCUUCUCAGAUGCCAGAGUGCUUCCUGAGGAACUGGUCUAAAUCCAAAAAAUGGCUUCUAAAAUUAUUUGAGAAAGUAGUGGCAGAUGCUGAAAGAACCAACCCUUCGGAGACCACAUCCAAGACGCUACUUCAGCACCUCCUGGAUAACUUGCAAGCAAAACAUCUGGCUCCCAACUACGGUCUCCUGAUGCUCUGGGCCUCCCAAGCAAACACUGUCCCUAUUGCAUUUUGGACCCUUGUUUUCAUACUCUCUUGUCCUUCUGUUUACAAGAAGAUCAUGGAAGACCUGGCUUCUGUUUUUGGCAGCGCAGGCAAGGAUGAAAUAGAAGUCUCUGAAGAGGACCUGAAGAACCUCCCUUACAUCAAGUGGUGCGCUCUGGAAGCCAUACGGCUGAGGUCUCCAGGUACAAUCACCAAGAAAGUCAUCAAGCCGAUAAGAAUUCAGAAUUUCACCAUCCCUGCAGGUGACAUGCUGAUGUUGUCUCCGUAUUGGCUGCACAGGAAUCCGAAAUAUUUUCCCGACCCAGAAGCGUUCAAACCCGAUCGUUGGAAAGAGGCAAAUUUAGAGAAGAAUGCUUUCUUGGACAGAUUUGUGGCAUUUGGAGGAGGGAAGCAUCAGUGUCCAGGAAGGUGGUUCGCUAUCAUGGAAAUCCAGUUGUUCGUUGUGCUGCUCCUGUACAAAUAUGAGUUUGUGCUUUUGGAUGCGGUGCCGAAGGAGAGCCCUUUGCAUUUGGUGGGGACACAGCAACCCCUGACACCGUUCCGGGUCCAGUAUAAAUGCUGGAAUGAAAGGAGCCCACUACUAACUUAGCUUUCUUUGCCAGCCACUGCCGGGUGAAUGGGUUGCUGGGCUGCUUCUCUGCUCCACGUAUUCAAACAAGUUCUCUGCUGUUACAGGUCUUAAUUUCGACUUUAAAUUCUGUACAUGCUCUGCAUUGCAAUAUGCCAUGAUAAUGCA